GGAGGACGACGGGAAUGGAGUGGGCCUCCCGGCAAGGGUGGCCGCGGGGGACGAUGGGAGUGCGGGGGGCCUCCCGGCAAGGGUGGCCGCAGGGGAUGACGGGAGUGUGGGGGGCCUCCCAGCGAGGGUGGCCGCGGGGGACGACGGGAAUGCAGCGGGGCUUCCGGGAGAAGGCUGGCCAGCCCACCUUGCGGGGCUGUGGGGUGGUGUUAAUGUGGCUGCCUUGUGAUUCGAUUUCUGUGUCGCUGUUUCCAGGUUUGCUGAGCCUGCAGGUGUUGAACGAUGAAAUGAGUGACUGCAAGGAAGAGAGGCCCGUCCCGGCCACCACCCCGGGGAGGCCCGUGCAGAGGAGGAACAGCUGGAACCUCCUGAAGUGCACCUACAUGGUGUUCACCUUCCUGUUCGUGUCCUACAACAAAGGAGACUGGUGUUACUGCCACUACUGUAACCCGGACCAGGACAUCAGAUUCAGUGGUGAGCAGGGUGGAGAAGGUUUCUGUGCUCAUGAGAAGACAGAAACCAAGUGAAAAGAGGACCGCAGCUGACAUGGAAGCUCCGGAGGCAAAGAACAGUGGGGCCCUUGUCCGUCACUGGGUGGCCCUGGAGAGCCUCUUGGGAGGUGACAGGGAACCAAAGGUCUGAAGUCGGAGCAGCAGCCAGCCACUCAGAAAGCCAGAGCGUCUCCGGGGAAAGGGACCUGCUCAGCAAAGGCCCUGGGGUAGAAAGUGCCUGAGCCGAGUGGGGAGCCGGCUGAGGGAGGGUGGGGCCGGAGGACACAGAGGGCGUUUGGCUUCGAUCCUGGGAGCUGCUCAAAGGUCUCACAGGGAAAAACGGUGUUCCCUGACUGGGAGUAAAGAGGGGGUCCAGCAAGCAGCCAUUGUCGCUGUGCGGCCCAGGGCCAGCUCUGGCGGGCACGGAGGGGAAGAGGUGAGCGGCCGCCUGCCUCUCCUGCCCUGCCAGCCUCUCACCCGCUCCCAGCAGCCGGAGCCCCCCUUAAAUCACACACAGUGGUCAUGUUGCGCCCUGGCUGAAAACCCACCGAGGAACCUCACCAGCUGUCGGCAGAUCCCCAUCUGAAAAACAAAGCAAAGCCGGGGGCUUUCUCCUGAGAGCUUACGCGGACCCCAGGACAGCACUGUGAAGAGUCGGCAGCCUCUUAGCACCGACAUCUCCUCCGGGAGAACUGUGCAACGCUGCUGCUGGGGAGCUGCAGCCGGAGCCUACCGGGGCCCUUGCGCCCUGGUGCGCGCCUUCAUCUCCAGUUUGUUGGAGGGCGGUUUGCUUUCGAUUGUCCUGUGGAGAAAGUCGUGGCCCCAGGAGCUGAGCAGGUGCCGGUGGUCACGGCUUGCUUACAGCCUUGUGAGCCCAGCCCUUCUGUUCCUGGAGAGCUCGCCAAGGUGGCUGUCGGUCUCCGGCGACCGGGAAGUCCUGCUGCAUGUGCUGUGUUUCCCCACAGCUUUUAAAACAGGUUUUUUCCAGAUGAGGAGCCCGAGGGCUGCAGAGGGUGGCGGCCGGCUCUGCCCAUGACCGAGCUCGGCCCUGUGGCAUGAGCUCUGAGACGCUCAGCUCUGCGUUUUCCUUUCUCCAAGGUCCUCUGCACGUCUCUUUCCCCUCCCUUCCCACCCACGCUCACCCCCUGCCCAUCUCAGGCCACUCGUGGCUCCCGAGCGCACACUCGUCCUGGCUCUGUCCUGCCACCCUGCGCGCCGGGCCUUCCCACCGGCACAGGCUCACUGCUCUCUGCCUGCCUGGAGAACGCCUCCAGGGCCCUCCGGCUCGCAGAGGCACACCGCGUUCAGGAGCAGUGCCGGCUUUGCGGGGCGCACGGGGAGGGCAGCCAACGGCACGGAUGGCGCCACUGGGCGCAGUCCUCGCCCUGGCCGCACCAGUCUUUACAGUGGUUUUCUGGUGUCUGACUCAGACCAGGGUUGGCGAGUUUCUCUGUGAAGGCCCCAUCCGGGCUCCACUGCGGUUACUCAGUUCUGCUGUUGGCCCAGAGCAGCCGCAGACGGCAGGCACACAAGGGGGCCUGGUGGGUCUGCCAGCUGGUGAAUGGAUAAACAGAACGGCAUGUGUCUGUGCCAGGGAAUAUUAUGCAGCCAUGACAGGGAUGGAUCUCUGAUGCAUGCGAGGGCACGGUUGACCCUGAAAGUGUUACGCACGUGAAGGAAGCCCGAGGCCAGUGAUCACACGGGACAGGGUUCUGUUUACCUGAACUAUCCAGAGGAGACAGUUCAGAGAGCCGGGGGCUGAGCGGGCCAUGGUGCAGGUAGUGUUUGCAUAAUGGGUUAUGUUUUGGAUAGGCAGGAACUUUGCACUAGAUCUCUGGGAGCAAGAAGCACCUCUUAUGUACCCCGGGGUGCUGCACCCCAGCUCUGCCCUGAUCCUGCCCACUCUGCCGCAGCCUGGGGGUGCAGAGCUCCUGGGGCGGGGUGCCUGCGCUCUGGAGCUCGCCCGCUAGUGGCAGGGGAGGGGCUCCCUGAGUCCUGCGUGUCCUGACGGCCCGAGGGGUCCCCGCGGAGGAGCUGGGGCGGCUUCCGUCCGUGGAGGACUGCGCCCGGUGCUGGCGGAGCGGGAGUGUGGGCAGGCGAGGACGUAAACGAAGGCACACCGUUCUCCCCCUCCCCG